CACUCCCUCACUCGAUCUUUCGCCGUCGGGGACGGCUCUGUUCCCGACAAGGCCUUCGGCUCCGGGAUCUCAAUCUGGCUAAGCGGGGCCCACGAGCUUCAGUUCAACAACUGCGAGAGAGCCAAAGAGGCCCAAAUCCACAGGAUCGAGACCUUGAUCUGCAUCCCAACUUCCGACGGUGUUCUUGAAAUGGGUUCCUCCGGUUUGAUCAGAGAGAACUGGGGGUUGAUCCAGCAAGCCAAGUCGUUGUUCGGGUCGGAUCAGCCCGACCUGGAAACAAGACCGCUCGAGUUCAUCAACCGGAACUUCUCCAUUUUUGACAUCGGCAUCAUUGCCGGCGUGCAGGAAGAGGAUCACAGCUCAUACAAUGACGACAAGAAACAUGUUUUUGGUUCUAGUAAGAAGAAGAACGGAGCUCCGAUCCCAAACCCGGACUUCGCAGAUUCCGACUGCCAGAUGAAAAGAGCGCCGAAGAAACGGGGCCGGAAACCCGGGCUGGGCCGAGACACGCCGCUCAACCACGUGGAGGCGGAGUGGCAGCGGCGGGAGAAGCUCACCUCGCAAGGGCGGCGUAAGAGCAAUCUAAAAAGGUUUAGCCUGACUGAGUGA